AUGUCAACGUCACCACUUGGAGCAACUAUGAACCAAUUUGUAGGUAAUAUGGAUAAUAAUGUCUAUCUUGCCUACAAUGACCAUGCACUACGUGUCAAUGCAAAAAAAAGACUCUAUGCAUGGAGCUCACGAAAAGGGUUUCCUUGGAUGGAAGUCAGAAAGGAUAAAAAUGAUCAAGAGACUGGUGUAAAGAAGGGUUUAUUACUCCAACAUUCAUUACCAAAAUGGCCAAUUCAAACAAAUCCAGAGGACCAAGGUUCCUUUAAUGCUCCCUAUUCAACUUAUGAUGCCGACUUUUCAGCUGCGACAAGUGGCUCUGAUUUGCAAGAUGGAGACAAGAAGAGAGUGUCUCCCUUUUUUGGUUGGAACCAAGAAUUCUUUGGUAUUAAUCUAAUGUCAUAUAUUCGUUACGGCUCUUCUACUUAUUCGUUAUUAUCAUCCCUUGGUGGCGAGACUAGUACCAAGAAACUGUUGGCAUACAUUCUACAAAGCCAAGGAGAUACACUUGCUGAGAAAUAUGCCGAGUAUGUUGGUCGUGAUGACGACGGUGGUGAUGACAGUGAAAAGGAGGAGGAACCUGAUGCCCCUAUUGAGGAUGAUGGUGAGGAUGAUGGUGAUGACGACUGA